UGGAGAGGGGAAGGAAAACGGACAAGCAGAAGAGCCUAGGAAAGGAGGGUGUUGUGGCUUAUGAAGGCAGCAGGGAGCUGGGCAAAGGUAGUUAGAGCAGAAUAUGGUCCAGACAGGGCUGGCCUGCCCACUAGGCAGAGCUAGGGGGGUGCCUAGGGCACCAGUUCUUGGGGGGCACUGCAGCUCCCUGGGUGGAAGUCGAAUGGGCAGGGCCCGCCUCCUAGCUGGGUUCUGGCUUGCUUUCCUCCUCCUCUCCCCUCAGCGCGCCCUGUCCCUGCACUCUCCUAGCCUCACUCUGGCCUGUUACUGCUGCGGCUGCUCAGGCAGGAGCCUCCAUCCUGGUUUCUCAAGAAACAGGAAAUUGAAAGGCAACUUUCCAGUUUACAAGCAACUGCAAUCUCUCUGUUCUCUCACAAGAAAAAGAGAUACUUUCCCAAGAAUGUCUUGGGCUUCACUACAUGGCGACGAUCUGCUGCGCCCCAGCAUACAAAGAGCUUCGGCUCUCAUGUCCAGCAGUGAGGGGAGUUAUGAGACGCCAGAGAUGGGAGAGCUCCAGCGGAUACUGUGGACACCCAUCCCCUGCCGUGGCAAUGUCGACGAAGUCUGGCCUAACCUCUACAUUGGAGAUUUAUAUAUAGCCCGGGAUAUAGAGCAGCUUCGCCGAAUGGGCAUCACCCACAUAGUAAAUGCAGCUGCUGGAAGAUUCCACAUCAACACUGGAGCCAAAUUCUACAAAGACCUGCCAGUGGAUUACUAUGGUGUUGAAGCAGAUGAUGAUCCAAAAUUUGAUCUCAGCAUUUAUUUUCAUCCAGCUGCUAAAUAUAUAAGGGCAGCACUGAACUCUCCUAGAGGCAAAGUAUUAGUUCAUUGUGCCAUGGGGAUAAGCCGCUCAGCAACCCUUGUGCUUGCCUUCUUGAUGAUCUGUGAAAACAAGACCCUUGUAGAUGCCCUAAAGACUGUACGGGAACACAGAGGGGUCUGUCCAAACUCAGGUUUCCUCAGCCAACUUCGAGAUCUCGACAUCCGAUUAUCAAGCGAAAGGGGAAGAGGAAGAAGUGAUACCUUGAAGUGAUACCUGAACUCUGAGUCUAUGCCAAAAGAGGUUUUUGGAUGUUGUAAUGGAAAAUAGAGUGUAAUUCUCUGAUGUUAGAAACCUAUUUAAGAUUAAAGGAGUGCCAGAAUCUUGAA